AUGGCGGCGAUGACCAAUUUGGAAAAUACUAUGCAAGCCAACGCUGUUGCGACUAUGCAAGCCGUGGAGAGGAUGGGUCAACCGAUGGGAAAUGGAAACAGAAAUGGGAAUAAAAACGGAAAUGGAGAAGGAGACGGUAACAACUUAAGAGGUAUUCCGAUGACCUUGGCUUCGUUCCUAAAGGUCAUCCACCAACUUUUAGAGGGUCGACCAACCCUACUGAAGCAGAAAAUUGGUUCCAAGCAAUGGAGCAUGUCCUUAAGAAAAGCUAGGGAGUUAGAGCUUAUGCAGCUAAAUCAAGGCUCAUUGUCUGUGGCUGAUUACAUUAGUCAGUUCGGGGAGCUCUGUAGGUUCUCUAGGGUAUGUCAAGGUGCCCCAGAGUCCUAUGAAAGCUGGCAGUGUAUAAAGUACCAAGGAAGAUUGAGGGACAACAUUAUGAUGGCUGUAGCUCCUUUGGAGAUUCGGUGCGCUAAGAAGGUGGCACUAGCAAGAGAUCCUAGAGGAGGAAACAACAAUAGAGGCCGAGGCAAGUACUUUCAGCCGAGAGGUCAGAAUUUCAAGAGGGGUGGACACAUACCUCAACAUCCUCUUGGUCAAGGGGGCUUUAGGAGGAAUAACUAUGAUCAGUACCACCAGGCUAAAGGAAGAGGUAAACAGAGUAAGACUUCUCCAGAUUCAAUUUGUAACAGUUGCGGGCAUUUUCCUCCAUAUGAUUCGUGCAAGCUGGGUAUAGGUGAAUACUUUACAUGUAGAUUUCCUGGACACAUGGCGAAAGAUUGCCCUUGUGGGAGGAAUCUGAAUGCGGGUCAGAAUCAACAAGGCCGAGUGUUUGCUGUGAACGCCAGUGAUGAUACUAAGGUGGAUCCUUUGAUGCGAGGUAACUAUUUAUUUGGUGAGAAAAUAUUGGUUUUAUUGUAUGAUACUGAAGCCUCACAUUCAUUUAUUGCAUUUGAUAAAGUUAAGAAACUAGGGUUGAAAAUGUCAAAAUUAGCUUUCGAUUUGCAUGUGCAUACCCCAUAUCAGACGGUUGUGACUAGAUCAGGUUGUAGGGAAUUGUCAAAGAAUCGGGUAUUGUUGGAUUGCUUUGAGCAAUUGAUUCGGUUUAUGCCGGAAGGGGAAGGAGGUGCAGUAGUAGCUGAAGGUGAUGAACAGAAGUUAGAUCAAAUUUCGGCAGUUGGGGACUUUCUUGAAGUAUUUCCUGAAGAUAUUCCCAAAUUUCUGUCUCAAAAGGAAAUUGAAUUUGCGAUUGACUUGGUGCCGAGAGUCGGACCAGUGUCAAUGGCGCCGUACUGA